UUACAGAGCAAUGAUGAUCCAUACGUGUGUAGCUCUUCGUCCGUGUCGGCCUCCCUUGAUUAGUUCAUCUAAGUCGACCCUUCAACGCCCUCCAAACUGCAAAUUCUCUGUUCGAAACUGUAUCAGAGACCCAAACAACUCACAGAAGGAAAAGGAAAAUGUUGGAAUCGUACAAAGGUGCCAUUUUGGGUCAGGCUGGUGCAAAAAUACUUUUCAUUCUUUUUGAGCUCGUCUCUGCGUUCAGCAUGAGGAAAUUCAAUCAUUUUGAUGAAUUUUACUUGAUUUCGGUAGUAUGGUUCGUUCAAUUGAAUGUUUCCUGGCUUCACUUCAUUGUUGUUGCUUUUAAGAAUGAAAUGUGGUUUCAUGUAUGGUAGAAAGUAAGGCAAAAGAAUACUUUCUCGGCGAUAAACCUAAACCUCUAAGCAGCAGAGUAGCUUCUUUAUGCAUUGCUGAAAUGCAUAAUCAACUCUUGAUUGAUCCUUAGAAUGCUUGGCAUAAACCUUGCAGUUAGUUAUGGAAGUUAAGGAGAAGCUUGAAAAGGAAUAUUAUGAUCUGCCAGUUGGAGAAAAUGGAAGAGAUGACGAAGACAUGAUUCUAUGGUAUCUUAAGGACAGGAGAUUUUCUGUCGAAGAAGCUAUUGCUAAGUUGACAAAAGCUAUUAAAUGGCGUCAAGAAUUUGGAGUUGCUGAUUUAUCUGAAGAUACUGUGAAAAGUAUAGCCAAGACUGGAAAAGCCUAUGUGCAUGACUUUCUUGAUGUUAAUGACAGACCAGUGCUCAUUGUGGUGGCAUCCAAGCACCUUCCUGAUGUGCAUGAUCCUUGUGACAAUGAGAAAUUAUGUGUGUUUUUGAUUGAGAAGGCAUUGAGCAAGCUUCCAGCUGGGCAAGAACAAAUACUUGGAAUAGUUGAUCUCCGGGGCUUUGGCACCAAAAAUGCAGAUCUCAGUUAUUUAACUUUCUUGUUUGAUGUAUUUUACUAUUACUAUCCAAAGCGGUUGGGUGAAGUUCUCUUUGUGGAAGCUCCUUUCGUAUUUCAGCCAAUUUGGCAGCUGACAAAGCCCUUGUUAAAAUCAUACGCUUCUAUGGUGAAAUUUUGCUCCACGGAAACUGUCAGGAAGGAAUACUUCACAGAAGAAACCUUACCAAUCAGCUUUAGAGACUGAGGCCAUUCACCUUACGUCCUUAAAAUCUGGGUUGUUGGAACUUGCAAAGAUCAGAAAGGGGUUUGGAAUGAUCCUAGUUUGCUCUUUAUGAUAUUGAUGGAUAUUGAUGAGUCCCCUACGUUAAAGAAGAACGGACCGUUCUCAAGUUAAAGAAAUUGAAGCAGGUCAGGGUUCCUUUUUUUGUUUUUGCCUCUACGCACAUUAUUGUGUCUAUAACCACAAAUGAUACCUCAAGAGACUGCGACACUACAAACUCAUGGAUCCGCACUUUUUACUUCUCUCGUGUUAACUUCAGUUUUGUCAAAUUUAUUCCUGUUGUUGCAUUCACAACAACAAUAGAUUUGUAUUAAAAUUUUGCUGGAUAUAGAAAUUCAGAAUUGAAGGCAAGGCCUAUCUGUCUUAAGGAUAAUUCUCAGGAUAUAAUUCCUUUUA